AUGUCGAGCGCAAACGCCCUCUACCUGCUCGCCGACCACGUCAAGCUGUCGCUCCUCGAGCGGCAGCGGGCAAAGGCGCUGGACCUCGAGAGCGACUCCCAGGAUGGCCACAUCUCGCGCUCAUUAGACCAGUUCCGCGACGGCCUCGAGGCCCUGGAGAAGGAGAGGCAGCGGCUCGAGGAGGCCGGCGAGGAGAGACUCCCCAACCAAAACAGGAAAGCCCUCAACAUCGCCGACGCCCUGCCCUCCCUGCAGAAGCAGUACGACGACCUCACCUCGCAGUUCCACGGCUUCUCCAACCCGUCCACGUCGGCGACGACGACACACCCCAACGACCCGUCCCUCGCCGAGGACUUCGCCCACGCCACCACCGUCCCCGCCCACCACUCCUCCUCCUCCUCCUCAGCAGCCGCGCAGGCCCCAGCCAAGGGCUCCCUCCGCACGUCAUCCUCCACGGGCUCCGUCGCCCCCGGCUCCAAAUCCGUCCGGUUCCAAGACAACCACGAUGCCGAAGACCCCUCCGCCGACGCCCUCUUCUCCCGCUACCGCGACGACCCGGCCGCCGUCGCGGCGCGCGAGGGCGAGGGCUACCGCGACGAGGCCGAGGGCAUGCAGGACAACGCCCAGAUCCACGCCUACCACAGCCGCAUCCUCGCGCAGCAGGACGAGCAGCUCGACGCGCUGGGCGAGUCCAUCAGCCGCCAGCGCGAGCUGAGCAUGCAGAUCGGCGACGAGCUCGAGGACCAGGUCGCCAUGCUCGAGGAAGGGGAGCGCCUCGUCGACCGGCACCAGGGCCGGCUCGACCGCGCGCGCCGGCAGGUUGGCAAGAUCGCCCGGACGGCGGGCGAGAGCAAGCAGAUGGUCGCCAUCAUCGCGCUCAUCAUCAUCCUCGUGCUGCUGAUUGCGGUUCUGAAGUAG